GAGCUCGUUUAUAGAUCGUCUUUUUUGUUUCACUCAGCUGCCCUUGUUGCUUAACAACCUCUUUCUCUUCUACAGAACCUCUGAGGUUCAUUAAUAGCAAGUCAUGUCCGCUAUUACCACGGAACGAGCGCAGAAGGCAUUGUAUGAUGCCCUAACAAGUUCUAAAUCGACGUCGGCCAGAAUAGUCAAACAUGUGGACCAGGCCGGGAACUUAAUCUCCAAGGCCACUGAGAAAGUUGAAUCAGCGCGCACAUUAUACGAUGACAAUGCUGCGGUCAUCCAGCAGUCCUCAGCUGACCAGAUGGUUGCGGACCUCCUGAAGAAGAAUAUGGGCGGCUUUUUUGGAGAGGCAAAGAAGGUGAUGGAUGCCCUGGAUACUCUGCAACAGAUCCAUCCCUUUGUUAGUGUGGCUAUAAUCGCUUUCAAGGCUGUCGUGAAUUUUGAAAUAAGGAGAAGAGAGAACGAUCGUACAGUUUGUUUGAUGCUUGCGAAAGCAUUUGAUAUGAUGAAUAUGCUUCUUCAACUUAAAGAUACUAGAGACCCGGACAUUGUGGGACCUCGCGGCACUAUUCGGGGCCGACUGGAUGGCGUCUUGGAUAAAAUGAAGCACAAUGUCGAGGAUUGCGGAAAUGCCAUCGACAAAUACUACAAGUCGAAAUUCGUCGUGAAAUUCUUUAGGUCAUCCCAUUGGGCGGAUAAGUUCCUCGCGAUCAGCGGGAACUUUUCCACGUGUAUGCAGGAACUUCGGGACGCCUUGGCUAUCAGGACGGCGUUGGGAGUCGACACUGCGAUCAAAAAGCUGGAGGACCUCACCAAGAUGCUAGGUGAACGCGAAGCGAAAAUCGCGAAAGGAGAGAAAUUUCACGGUGCAAUGGCUCAAUAUUUUGAAACUGAACGCGAAAAGAGAUUUGCGAAAGAAGUGAUCAUGCGCGGUGGAAUGGAUCCAGGUUUCGAAAGCGAAGACAAACUGACGGAGCUAGUGAAAUUCGCGAAGCAACAGGAAGCACAGAUUCAAGCACGCUCUGAUGCCCCGUCCAAAGAUGUCAACAAACCUCCUUUACAAACUCCAUCGGCGAACGGAUCGGUCGCGGAGCAGUAUCGCCUUGAUGCUUCGCUGCUCCACGAGUUGCGCACUCCUGUAGUCAGCUUACUCGACGAGAAUCGUGCGCUCUUCAUGUUCAAGCUCGAUAAACAGACAGCCGAGAUCAAAGAUGCCAUCAAGGAUUCUGAAACACGCAUUAUGUCGGCCCUCGGCGGCAAAUUUAAACGAGUCAGGGAUCCGCACCUUCAAUUUAUCUGGAAAGAGAUGAAAUGGUCAACAAGUGUCAAGAUACUAUACUUCAUCGCAGAACUCCAUGACUAUUUCACGCAACGUUUCUCCAACCUGCAUAAUGAUGCUCCACGCCCAAAAGUGGCAUCAAGCGCACCCCACACUCAGUCUCCUCCAGUCGACCCUACAGACGAGUGGUGCUUGAAAUAUCUAUCAGUUUUCUACAUUUCGAGUUUAUCCGAAGUCUUCGACGAGGACGCAAAUGGCUUGAUCAGCGUAAGGGAAGUUAAUACCUUUACUUCCGCGAUACUUCCGGGCUUGAGUGUACCUCAAGCACUUGCAUACUGGGCUGCAGGUUGGAGAGUGGAUAGCCAACAUUACCACACACGAAUUGAACAAGUCUUACACAGCAUGGUUCAUGCGCAAGCAGACGUACUUCCAGUAAACAGGAGGUGUAUCGCCUUGUAUUUGGAUUCAGAUGUUAUCCAAGGCAUCAAACGGCUCGUGCGCUCUCUUGCAGAACUUGGGCCAGAGGACUCAGACUUAGAUCUCACGCAAUUGUCUGAUAGGUAUCGCAACGUUCAGGAGAAGGACUUGGUGAAAAGACUUGACACUGUAAAGUAUGAAAUCGACUCCAAAGAGUCCUUCAAACUUUUCGGAUCCGAUCGCAUUGAAAAUUUCUUGCUGCCAGUGCUUUACCUCGUAACGAGGAGGCAUUUACAAAUCAUGAAACUCGCCAGGACAGUAAUUCUGGUGGAUAGAGAGUUUGAAUGUGCAACUCAAACGAUUGCCAAUAUAUUGGAAGCGGUGGAUCUGCGUGUUGAACAACUGGCAGGUACGCUCCCAAACUCACGGUUGUGA